AUGUGGAAACUUGGCCGCGUCAAAUCAAAGCAAGCUAAGAAGCAGUCCAGAGACAAAUCGGUUCCCACAACGCCACAAGCGCGGCCGAAGUGGACCGUAAAAGCGGCCGUCCAUUCCCUGAGGGUCAUCCUGUAUCCCGACGCGGCUGCGAUCCUGUGGAUGGUUGCUACGUCCUACUCGGUGUACUACACGUUCCAAGUCGCGAUACCAGUGAUAUACGACGAGAUAUACCGCUACAACGACUUCCAAAUCGGAUUGACCUUCCUGCCAGGUCUCGCUGGUAUGACGAUAGGCGGUAUUAUUGCGGGGAAGCUCGUGGACAGAAACUUUGCCAAAGUUGCACGGCGGAAGAAUAUCCGAGUCAUCCUUGACAGGAAGAAGGCAGAAGACUUGAAAGAGUUCCCCAUAGAAGACGCGAGAUACAGACACAUUGCCUACUUCAUUGCCCUCGAAGUUGCUUUGGUGAUCGGGUACGGGUGGGUGGUCAUGCGUCGUGUCCAUCCGGCUGUGCCCCUUGUGAUGCAGUUCUUUUUCUAG